UGGAGGAGGUCUGAAGCGUCUCCGGCGACGGAGGAGGAAAAAUUCCAAGAAGCUUAAGCCCUAAAACCCUUUCCAUGGCUCAUCUCCUCCUUCUCUCCUCUCCCCCUCACCUCUCCCUCUCCUGCGCCUCCGAGCCCUCUUUCUCCUCCUCCCCUUCCAUUCCUCUCUAUCCUCCUCUUCGCACUCUCCAUUUUUCUCGGGUUAGGAGAAGGCGCUUCGUUUCCUCUGCUUCCGCUACGAUUGCUUCUCCUAAACCCCUCAUCGUUUCUUUAAAGGAGAAGUUGGGCAGCUUGAAGGGCACCAAGUGGAGCGACCUCUGGAGCCUGAACAACUGGGUCGUUCGGGAUUACUACCGGCUUGUGAAUGCUGUGAAUGCUCUUGAGCCCCGCAUUCAGAGGCUUUCUGACGAACAGCUGAGGGGAAAGACUGUGGAAUUCCGUCUUCGGUUGAGUCAAGGGGAAACGCUUUCUGAUAUACAGGCAGAGGCAUUUGCCGUAGUUCGAGAAGCUGCCCGAAGGAAACUGGGGAUGCGGCAUUUCGAUGUUCAGAUCAUUGGUGGAGCUGUGCUUCAUGAUGGGUGCAUAGCAGAGAUGAAGACUGGUGAAGGAAAAACACUUGUUUCGACGCUAGCUGCGUAUCUCAAUGCACUCGCUGGAAAUGGAGUUCAUGUGGUGACUGUUAAUGAUUACUUGGCUCAGCGUGAUGCUGAGUGGAUGGGCCGCAUUCAUCGUUUUCUUGGUCUUUCUAUUGGUCUCAUACAGGGGGGCAUGACAGCCGAUGAACGCAGAUCCAACUAUAGCUGUGACAUAACAUACACCAAUAACUCGGAACUUGGCUUUGACUACCUCCGGGACAAUUUGUCUGGAAACAGAGAGAAACUUGUUAUGAGAUGGCCAAAGCCAUUUCAUUUUGCAAUUGUUGAUGAAGUCGACUCAGUCCUUAUUGAUGAGGGAAGGAACCCUUUAUUGAUUAGUGGUGAGGAUAGUAAGGAUGCUGCACGAUAUCCAGUUGCUGCCAAAGUAUCUGAGCUGCUUGGACGAGGCAUUCAUUACAACGUGGAACUUAAGGAUAAUUCUGUGAAUUUGACCGAGGAAGGAGUUGCUCUUGCUGAGAUGGUUCUUGAAACAGAUGAUUUAUGGGAUGAAAAUGAUCCUUGGGCAAGAUUUCUAAUAAAUGCCUUGAAGGCCAAAGAGUUUUACCGCCGUGAUGUCCAAUACAUUGUUAGGAAUGGAAAGGCACUCAUAAUUAAUGAGCUUACAGGGAGAGUUGAAGAGAAAAGGAGAUGGUCUGAAGGUAUUCAUCAAGCAGUAGAAGCUAAAGAGGGCCUAAAAAUCCAGGCUGAUUCAAUUGUUGUUGCCCAAAUAACAUAUCAAUCACUUUUCAAGCUUUAUCCAAAGCUUUCAGGGAUGACAGGAACUGCAAAAACUGAAGAGAAGGAAUUCCUGAAAAUGUUUCAUACGCCAGUUCUUGAAGUCCCUACAAAUUUACCGAAUAUCCGGUGUGACUUACCUAUUCAAGCUUUUGCAACUGCACGUGGGAAGUGGGAGUAUGUUCGGGCAGAAAUUGAAUCAAUGUUUCAAUUGGGUCGCCCUGUUUUAGUUGGAACCACAAGUGUUGAGAAUUCUGAGUAUUUAUCUGAUCUACUGAAAGAUCGAAAUAUUCCCCAUAACGUCCUCAAUGCAAGGCCUAAGUAUGCUGCAAGAGAAGCUGAAAUUGUUGCUCAAGCAGGUCGAAAAUAUGCAAUUACAAUUUCUACCAACAUGGCUGGCAGAGGCACCGAUAUAAUCUUGGGUGGUAACCCAAAGAUGCUUGCAAAAGAAGUUAUAGAAGAUAGCUUGCUCCCAUUUAUGACACAUGAAGCUCCUAAUGUUGAAACUGAUGGGGAGCCAAUUUCUCAAAAGGGUUUGUCAAAGAUAAAGGUGGGACCAUCCUCCUUAGCAUUGCUUGCAAAGGCUGCGCUUAUGGCAAAAUAUGUAUGCAAAAGCGAGGGAAAUGAUUGGUCGUAUAGAAAGGCAAAGUCUGUUAUAUCGGAGUCCAUACAAAUGAGUCAGACAGUUGAAAUGGAAGAACUAGAGAAGCAGUUGGCUGAGGACCCUGGGAUGUAUCCCCUUAAGCCUGUAAUUGCGGUUGCUUUUCUCACGGUCUUGAAAGAUUGUGAAGUACAUUGUUCGAACGAAGGGGCUGAAGUGAAAAGGUUGGGUGGGCUUCAUGUGAUUGGGACAUCCUUACAUGAGUCUAGGCGAAUAGAUAAUCAGCUUCGUGGGAGAGCAGCUAGACAAGGUGAUCCUGGAUCUACAAGGUUUAUGGUAAGCCUACAGGAUGAGAUGUUUCAGAAGUUCAAUUUUGAUACUGAGUGGGCAGUGAAACUCAUAUCAAAGAUUACAAAUAAUGAAGACAUACCAAUUGAGGGCCAUACCAUUGUAAAACAGCUUUUGGCACUUCAAAUAAAUGCAGAGAAGUACUUUUUUGGAAUAAGGAAGAGUCUUGUUGAGUUUGAUGAAGUCCUGGAGUUUCAUCAGGUCCAAAGAAAGCAUGUCUACAACCUUAGGCAGUUGAUUUUAACAGGUGAUUCUGAAAGCUGCCGUGAACAAAUAUUUCAGUACAUGCAAGCAGUAGUAGAUGAAAUUGUUUUCGGAAAUAUUGAUCCACUUAAGCAUCCAAGCAACUGGAGACUUGGAAAGCUCUUUAAUGAGUUUGUCGGAAUUGGUGGAAAGAUAUUGGCUGAAUCAUUUGCAGGGAUCAGGGAGCAGGUUAUAUUAUCAUCAAUUGAGCAGAUUAGUGGAUUAGGCUCUAUAAAGGUUGACACUUUUUCUCUUCCAAACUUGCCGAUACCUCCAAGUACAUUCAGGGGAAUUUGCAAGAAAAAUUCUUCUUUGAAACGUUGGCUUGCUAUCUGUACUGAUGAUACAACAAAGAAAGGAAGGUACCAAGGGACUUGCAACCUUAUUCGCAAGUAUCUUGGGGACUUCUUAAUUGCUUCCUAUUUAGAAGUUGUACAAGAUUCUGGUUAUGAUGAUACAUAUGUUCAAGAAAUUGAGAGAGAAGUAAUUGUGAAGACACUAGAUUGUUUCUGGAGGGACCAUUUGGUUAAUAUGAACAGGCUCAGUUCAGCGGUCAAUGUUCGGAGCUUCGGUCAUAGAGAUCCUCUGGAAGAAUACAAAAUAGAUGGGUGUCGCUUUUUCAUCUCAAUGCUUAGUGCAACACGACGAUUGACAGUGGAAUCAUUACUUCAUUAUUGGUCAUCCCCUAUGGACUCUGAAGAAUUAUAUGCACCAUAAAAAUCAAACGCAUAGGCAGCACAUGAUCAUGUACAAACACUUGGCACAUGUGAUUGAUAUGACCCUUCUGGUGGAAGAUAUUGCUGUGCCCUUGCAAGUUUUCAGAAUGUCUUUAACCGAUGCGAGUGGAAGGAGUAUUUGAUGGAUGGUUGUGAUCUGCAUGAUUGUUUCAAGUGGAUGAUGAUAGAUGGCGGCAAUACCAUCAACCAACAAAAUGUUCGGGCCUAGAUUUUCUUCAAAAGACUUCUAUUUAGGUAAAUUGAUAGAUAAGAAAUUCUACUUUUAAUUGUAGUUUCUCUCAUCUAAGCUCUGAGAAAUCAACAUUGGUGUGUUCUAUUAGCUAUAUAUUUAUAGAAGUGGGAAUCAUGUGACUUACAAAAA